CUCUGCCGUCAGUGAUAAAAUGAUUUAAGUGCUGUGAAGUGCAUUUGAAUAUCGUUCCAAGUAAAACGCAAUCAGGUUUUCACAAAUAAAGAGAAAAAUUAAGUCUAUGCACGUUUACCAGAAACGUUCCGUUACGAAGUUUGGAAAUCUCUAUUGAAAUAACAAGUAAUCUAAAGUUAAUACACAGGACAUGGGUAAUGCUCCGGUAAAAGAAGUUGCACAAGCAGCUGCAGUCUCAGUAAGCGGUACGGAGUCCGUGGCAGCAAAGCCAAAAUGCAAAGCUUGCUGCGCUUGUCCCGAAACUAAAAAGGCUCGUGAUCAGUGUAUUAUUGAACGCGGUGAAGAGCAUUGUGGCGACUUUAUAGAGGCUCAUAAAAAGUGUAUGCGUUCACAGGGAUUUAAUGUAUAAAUGUGGUUCUCUCAAUGUUUACCUUGUGAUAACAAGAACCCAGAAUUAUUACUUAUGUCUAUCUAGUUUAUAAAUUCACAAAACGCUUAAUUUAUUGUA